AUGCGUAUACGGUCCCGUGCAGCCUGGGUCCGUGACCGGGAUGGGCUACCGUUGCCAAUGCAAUUGGUGCCUUUUUAUACGCCCACUUUCUACUUCAGACAAGUAAAACCCAUAAACUUGACAGUCUCCUUUCUCCACCUCUUCGGUUGCCUGGUCUUGGGCAAAGUUGUCUUCAAGUCCGCUGAGGCCGGCCCAACUCGAUGCCAAUUUGGUACCGUCUUCACGACCGACUCAGUCAUGACUGAGAUUGCCGGAUUGCGGUCAUAG